AGGUUAUUACAGAAAGAUGAGGAUAUUUGCUGUUUUUAUAUUCAUGACCUACUGGCAUUUGCUGAAUGCAUUUACUGUCACGGUUCCCAAGGACCUAUAUGUGGUAGAGUAUGGCAGCAAUAUGACACUUGAAUGCAAAUUCCCAGUAGAAAAACAGUUAGAACUGACUUCACUAAUUGUCUAUUGGGAAAUGGAGGAUAAGAAUAUUAUUCAAUUUGUGCAUGGAGAGGAAGACCUGAAGGUUCAGCAUAGUAGCUACAGACAGAGGGCCCAGCUGUUGAAGAACCAGCUCUCCCUGGGAAUUGCUGCACUUCAGAUCACAGAUGUAAAACUGCAGGAUGCAGGAGUUUACCGCUGCAUGAUCAGCUAUGGUGGUGCUGACUACAAGCGGAUUACUGUGAAAGUCAAUGCCCCAUACCACAAAAUCAACCAAAGAAUUUUGGUUGUGGAUCCAGUCACCUCUGAAUACGAGCUAACAUGUCAGGCUGAGGGCUAUCCCAAGGCCGAAGUCAUCUGGACAAGCAGUGACCAUCAAGUCCUGAGUGGUAAGACCACCACCACCAAUUCUGAGAGAGAGAAGAAGCUUUUCAAUGUGACCAGCGCACUGAGAAUCAACACAACAGCUAAUGAGAUUUUCUACUGCACUUUUAGGAGAUUAGAUCCUGAGGAAAACCAUACAGCUGAAUUGGUCAUCCCAGAACAACCUCUGGUACUUCCUCCAAAUGAAAGGACUCACUUGGUAAUUCUGGGAGCCAUCUUGUUAUUCCUUGGUGUAGCACUGACAUUCAUCUUCUAUUUAAGAAAAGGGAGAAUGAUGGAUUUGAAAAUAUGUGGCAUCAGAGAUACAAACUCAAAGAAGCAAAAUGAUACACAAUUGGAGGAGACGUAAUCCAACAUUGAAACUUCUGAUCUUCAAGCAGGGAUU